AUCAACAAACAAUUUCUUUUCCUUCGGCGAUUGUGGAGGGUUAUUCGGCAAUGCGAUUCGGAGAUGGAGGCGCGGUUUUGGACCUUCUGCACGGCAACACCAACUGGACGGCGGCGGCGGCACCUCAAGCUCCUGGGCGCGGCGGACGGCGGAGGACCUGUCCUGUCCCCUUACUGCUCGUCGGCGGCUGCGGCUCUAUAAAGCCAACGGCAGACUGCUCUGCUGCGCGAAUGUCACCUUCACAGCGGCUGUCUCCAGCAGCAACAGAUCUGGAUGGCGGCUCCCGGGCUAUGCGCGAGGUCAGACGGCGGGGCGACGGCGGCACUCUACCUCCCCUGCGGCUAGAUCGAGCGGUGGACCCUUCUGAUUAGCACUACUACCCUAUUGUAAAAUGAAGAUAGUGCAGAUGUUGAAUUGAUAAGAUAUGGUGUUCAUGGCUUUUGGUUGAAUGAGAUUAUAAAUAUAUUGUACCAUGCCAAUAAGUUAUUAUGAUUCUUUCUUAUUUGUUAGGAUAAAAGGAGCUACAUGCCUUGAAUUUGGAGGAUGGAAGUGGUAUCUGCCAUAUUUGGACCGGUUCUUGAGCGUGUCGUAAAGCCAGUUUUGAAUGAGAUUGGGUAUGUGUUUAUGUACAGUUGCAAUGUCGAGAAUUUCUCAAAGAAAGUGGACCGGAUGAAGGUCAUGAGGGAUGGGGUGAAAGAAAGGGUUAGCGCGGAGGAGGAUAACUUGCAGGUCAUCGCACCAAAUGUCAAUACAUGGCUUGUUAGAGCAGACCAAAUCACCCGAGUGGAAGAGAGAAUUAUGAAUAAGAAGCCGGACGUUGAAAAAGGUUGGUGUAAAGGUUGGUGCCCGAAUGUCAAGUUGCGUUACACAUUGAGCAAGAAGGCCAAAAAGAGCACAGAAGAUGUGGUUGAACUCCUAGUGGAAGGUACCGCUUACAUAAAUUUUUCUCGUCCCGCCCCUCCUCUUCAAGUUGAAUUUAUUGGGCAUAGACAAUAUGUGGAAUUCAAAUCAAGAAAGUCCAAUGAAGAUGAAAUCAUUGAAGCACUCAUGGAUGAUAAGGUCAACCUCGUUGGGAUUUGUGGCAUGGGGGGAGUGGGAAAGACUAUGAUAGCUAAAAAGGUUGGGAAGAAAGUAAAGGAAGAGGCAAUGUUUGAUGAGGUUGUAAUGGUAUCAGUCGGUCCAAAACCAGAUAUUAAGAAAAUCCAAGAAGGUAUCGCCGAGGCAUUAGGUUUCCAAUUAAAAGAAGAUAAUUUGAUUGUCAGAGCAAACAAGCUUCAGAGGAGAGUGGCUCUAAGAAAGACACUUUUGAUUCUAGACGAUGUUUGGGCAUGGUUAGAUUUGGAGGAACUCGGUAUCUCUUUUGCACUCUCAAAAGAGUGCAAGAUCAUGCUAACUUCUCGACACCAAGACACUUGCGUUCAAAUGGAGGCUCAAAAGACUGGUGAUUGAGGUGUUAAAAGAAGAUGAAGGGUGGAGCCUGUUCAAAGAAAGAGCUGGCAGUUGUGUUAAUGAACCAGGUAUAAACCGUGUCGCGCAAGAUGUUUCAAGGGAAUGCAGCCAUCUUCCACUUGCUCUUACAACCGUUGGAAGGGCACUGAGGGACAAAACACAACACUCUUGGGAGGACGCGCGUGAACAGUUGAGGAAAUCUGCACCCUCAAAUAUUCCAGAAGUGUUGAGGGAAGUUUACCAACCGCUGGAACUAAGUUACAAUCUGUUGGAAAUCGAAGAAGCACAAUAUCUUUUUCUGAUAUGUUCUUUAUUCCCAGAAGAUUACUGCAUUCCAUUAGAUUUUUUGAUUUGGUAUGGUUUGGGGCUAAGGGUGUUGAAGAAUGUCAAUGGUUUGGAAGAAGCUAGGAGAAGAGUUAGUAGACUGGUUGAGAUGCUAGAGGACCGGUUCUUGUUAGACGAUGCAGGUGAAGGGAAUGAGAAGUUUUCAAUGGUUAACUAUGAGAAAUAUGUGAAAAUGCAUCACGUUCUUCAGGAUGUGGCCAUAUACAUUGCCAACAAGGAAGAUGAUGUUCUUAUCUCAACUCAUGAUAUUGAGUGGCCUGAAGAGAUGGCCUACGAACGUCUCACUUGCAUUUCCAUGGUAUCAGAUGCAUUAACUGUCCUUCCUGAGAGACUGAAAUGCCCCCAACUUAAUGUCUUGCGUUUGCAAUUCAACAACGCAACACUGAAAAUGCCCGGAGACUUUUUUCAUGAAACACCUAGUCUCUUAGGUAAUUU